AGUCUCCAGUCUCACUCACUCUAAAACCCCAAACAAAAACACGUUUGUUGACUCAAUUUGCUGCAAUUGGUGUCUGUGGAAUCAUCAUUGUUGGAAGCGGGAAAAAAAUGUCGACGACCCAUCAAUUAGUUUCUUCGAUGAUCUCUUCUUCCUCAUCCACUUUCUUAGCUCCUUCAAAUUUUAAUCUCAGAACUCGCAAUGCUUACUACUUACCCAUGGCUAAACGGGUCAAUGCUUGCAAAUGCGUUGCAACCCCGCAAGAGAAGAUAGAAUAUAAGACGAACGUGUCACGGAAUUCAAACAUGUCCAAACUUCAAGCUGGAUACUUAUUCCCGGAGAUUGCAAGGAGAAGGUCUGCACACUUGCUGAAAUAUCCAGAUGCACAAAUUAUUAGUCUUGGAAUAGGCGACACAACCGAGCCAAUUCCAGAAGUGAUCACUUCUGCAAUAGCAAAGAAAGCUCAUGAGUUGUCCACAAUAGAGGGAUACAGUGGUUAUGGUGCUGAACAAGGUGCAAAGCCACUUAGAGCUGCUAUUGCAAAAUCAUUCUACAGCGGGCUUGGCAUAGGGGAUGAUGACAUUUUCGUUUCUGAUGGAGCUAAAUGUGAUAUCUCACGUCUCCAGGUUAUGUUUGGUUCCAAAGCUACAGUUGCUGUUCAGGAUCCUUCUUAUCCGGCUUACGUUGACUCCAGUGUUAUUAUGGGUCAGACCGGACAAUUUAACACCGAUGUGCAAAAGUAUGGAAACAUUGAGUACAUGAGAUGCACUCCAGAGAAUGGCUUCUUUCCCGACCUAUCUACUGUUGGCAGGACGGAUAUAAUUUUCUUCUGUUCCCCAAAUAACCCUACGGGCGCUGCUGCCACGAGAGAGCAACUAAAGCAGUUAGUUGAAUUUGCAAAGAAGAACGGAUCCAUAAUAGUGUAUGAUUCCGCAUAUGCAAUGUACAUGUCUGAUGAUAACCCACGCUCCAUUUUCGAAAUCCCUGGAGCAGAGGAGGUUGCUAUGGAGACAGCUUCGUUCAGUAAAUAUGCGGGUUUCACUGGAGUGCGACUUGGUUGGACCGUCAUCCCAAAGCAGCUACUCUAUUCAGACGGCUUCCCUGUUGCAAAGGACUUCAAUAGAAUUGUCUGCACUUGCUUCAAUGGUGCCUCUAAUCUCUCUCAAGCUGGUGCUCUUGCUUGCCUUUCCCCAGAAGGACUUGAGGCAAUGCACAAGGUGAUUGGAUUCUAUAAAGAAAACACAAACAUAAUCAUCGACACAUUCACGUCUCUCGGGUACGAUGUAUAUGGAGGAAAGAAUGCGCCUUACGUUUGGGUUCACUUCCCGAAACAAAGCUCAUGGGAUGUGUUUGCUGAGAUUCUGGAGAAGACUCAUGUGGUUACAACACCAGGAAGUGGGUUUGGACCAGGUGGUGAAGGGUUUGUUCGAGUUAGUGCCUUUGGUCACAGAGAGAACAUCUUAGAGGCAUGUCGCAGAUUCAAGCAGCUUUAUAAAUGAAAAAAGCCUUGUAAUCAUAAUCAUCAUCAUCAUCACUCUCUCUUUAAUGACUUGAUUUGAGUUCAAAUAAUGUCGUCUCUAUUGUUUCCUUGGAACUGUAGCAAACUAAUAAACCAAUGUUUGUUUUAAUCAAGUAUUUUCGAUUAA